CUCUUAGUCUUUGGGCAGCGCAGCUCCCUACCGCUGCCACCUUGCCUACCGCUCCUGUACUGGCUGGAAGACUGACUGAACCAGAGCAGACCUGGUUAAAGCCUCUUACUCUCAGCACCUCACUAAGCCCUAGAGCACCAUACUUUCCCUGAGGAAGGUUUCUCAGCCUGUAGCUGGGGGAUAGAAGCAAGCCGCCGCUCUCUCUCAAAGCCGCCAGGGGAGUGCCCUCCCCGACCUUCCACUGAGGUCUCCAGAUUGCAGUUCCAGCGGAUACCAAAUCCUCCACUGUACUUGUCCGGAAAGCAAGACCCUCAGCUUGGAUAAAACAAUCCACUAUUCUACCAGCAUUUCCAUGGAAAAGAUGAAAAACUAUAGAAUCUGCCCAUUUUAACCUCUGUCUGACUUUAGCUUUGAUCUUCAGUACACCCAUUCUGUCUCUCACACCACAAAGAUGUCAGACCCUGACCCUUCAUCUGGACUUGUGGGCAAUGUGGAGAAUGGAACUUUUCUGGAGCUCUUUCCCACCUCCCUGUCCACCUCCGUGGAUUCAUCUUCUGGCCAUUUGUCCAACGUGUACAUCUAUGUUUCAAUAUUUCUCAGCCUUUUGGCAUUUUUGCUCUUGCUCUUGAUCAUUGCUCUUCAGAGGCUUAAAAACAUCAUCUCAUCCAGUUCGUCCUAUCCCGAGUAUCCUAGUGAUGCUGGGAGCUCAUUCACUAACUUGGAAGUCUGUAGCAUCUCCUCUCAGAGGUCUACUUUCUCCAACCUUUCCUCCUGAAUCAAAAUGAAGAGAGAACACUUUGGUGCUGUAGGGGGUUAGUUGCAUGUUAUGGUGAUUCUUUCAGGCCAACCUGGAAGAGGUGACUCUGAGCUCUUAGACUAUCCCUCAUCCCUUAGUUUCAAUCUCCCAUUGAAUUAGCAGUGCUUUUCAUCUUUGAACCUAAUGCUAAUACAAACAUCUUUAAGCAUCUAGAAGUGAUAUGGGGUUUAUCAUACCCCAAAGCUGCCUUGCAGACCUAGACCUGCCUUUUAGUAGAGGGAUCCAUUAAUUCCAUGGCAUUGGAUACUCACAUGUUCACCUGAAAUUCACUCCAUCUGUGGAACAUUGGACUCUGUGCUUCUGGAUCUUUUCUGAAAAACCAGCUGACUAAUAGAGCCAACCAACCUUCUAGUGAAAUCUGUGUUUUUUGCUAUUUAGAAUUGUUCUGUUUCCCCCCCCCCCCCAGUAUUUGAAAGAACUUUUUCCAUGAACCAAAUAAUUCUGAAAAACAAUUUCAGUUUGAAUGUCUCUUGUGAAAUUUCUAGAAUUUUGAAGAAAGGCUCCAAAUAGCUUAUUUAAUUUUGAUGAGUCAAAAUUAUACUGGCAAGGAUUGAGAAGAAAUUAUUUUCUCAUAGAGCAAGAUAGGAAUGACUGUGAGCCAUGCAUCACAUUCUCAAUGUAUUCAGACUCUUGGGGGUUUUUCCCCUACUUAUAUGUAUCAGAUCAAAUGCUCCAUAUUUUUACCAUUGUUUGUAAUGAUAAUUAUCAAUUUCAGGCAUAUUUCAGCACAAAUCAAAAAAGGACUCUUGUUUCAUACCUAUUGUUCCUACCAGUGAUUAGGCACAUAGAGAAGAAUGUAAGCAUAUCAUAUUGUCAUGAUUUGCAACAACCAAUUUGAUUGAAGUGUGCUCAUGUGCUCAUGUAUUCAGUUUUAUAUUCUUUACACCUUAAUGCAGAAUUCUGUAAGGGCAACAAGAUAUCAGGUAUAUGCUGAUUCACUUUAAGUUGAAUAUGUUAGAAACUGAAAUACAAAAGUUAUAUAUGUAUUCCCAUUCAAAGUUCAAAUUGAGUAUUACCUCCCUUUUUACUGUUGUCAUAUACUAUCUAGUACUGUGAAGCAGAAUUGUGAGAUGAGGUCUGUAAGUGUAGGUUGUACUGGCAGAAGUAAGUCUAGGCUAUGAUGGUCAGAUCAUGCAAUCCAAGUCAGUGUCCCUGAAGUCUGCCAGUGAAUACAGGUCUUAUAUAUGAAAGAAAUUAAACUUCACCAAAACAAAAUCUGGCUCUUAGGAGAAUAAGGAUUUUCAGAAAUGCAGGACUACCACUAAUCACUGUUAUCAGGUACCUCAUUGUGAAGGUAAUGUGUGUGUACAUGACAACUCAAAUGGGCAUUUCUUACUCAAUGGAUACUUUUACAGUCUUCUUCACAACCAAUUCCUGCCCAUUAAAAAAAUUUUAAGACUUUAAUCUGAAAGGAAUUUUUAUAAUCUAGCACAACCAUUGGUUUGGCUAGACACUCAAAUCUAUUUAGUCAAGAGAAUAGCCCCCAAAAUUUGUUCAAUUCAAGAUUUUCAUGGCAUAGACACACCUUGUAUGUGGGUAAGUAUGGGAAACUUAGAGAACUUGUUAAAAUAGAGGUCCAUUAAGUUCCUAAUUUUAAAUAUAGCUAAGGAUAAAUCAGGCAAGGCUAUCUUUAACUGACUACAUUUUCAUAAAUAACCCAUGAGUUGUACAUAGUUGCUACCUUGGAUCUUAUAAGCUUGUACAGAAGUUACCUCUAUCACCACAUAAAAUCCAUGAAUGAGGGAUUCAAGUUACAGAAAAAAUGUUUUAUGCAAAUUUUGUGACUCUCCACUUAUGAAUUCAUCUAAGUUAGAUGAAACACACAAACAUAUGUGUUUACCAUAUGGCAAAGUUAUCUCUAUGGCAUAGGAUCAUGCAGAUGUCAAAGGGACAAUUUUAAUUACUGAGGAAUAAGAUUAAAUUAAGUAGCUCAUUUUUUUUCAAUUUUUUUAGUGUCAUCUAAAAGUAAUCUAUGUUGCUUUUUCCUUCUCAAAAGAUAGAUAAAAAGUUCCUAUUGGAAGAGCUAUUCACAGAAAGAAACUACUGUUCAAAGAAAGUCUUGAAUUGCCAGAACCUAUCCUGAAGGAAGUGUGGUCAGCAAUAAUGAUGGUUCAUUGCAGUCAACAUCAUUAGUGAUAAAUAGCAGCACAUUUGUGCAUAAUUAGAAAAUAAUUUCUAUUUGUUCUUGCCACAUUUGCCAAGGCACCAAUACAACUUGAGAUGGGUUUGUUUUCACAUUAUUGAUUGUAUUCAAAAGGGUUGGACAUUUACCUGAUAAACAACAAUAAUAAAAUAAAAAACUGGA